CCUAGCAACAAGCAUUAACAACAACACUAUCGUACUGGCAGUUGUUCAUUCAGGACAGUUUAAGGGAGUUAAAUUGUUUAUGCAAUACUGCUACUAACUGCAUAAAAGUUUACUAGCGUGUGCUCAGGACAGUGGUGAGCCUCACGUACUAAAGCCAGAAGUAGUGGGACGAUGUCUGUUCCAUUCUCGAACACCCACUUGCGGGUUCCCCGUGGGUUUGGAAGCAUUCUGGAACUUCUGGCUAAAGAGGUUCUGCGAGACCAACCUCAAGACAUCCCAACCUUCGCUGCCCUGUACUUCGAAGCUCUUCUCAAAGAAAGAGAAGAGAGUGGCAUGGAUCCUGCAGAGUGGGCUUCCAAACUUGAAGACAGAUUCUACAACAACCAUUCAUUCAAGUCUUCAAGGGGCCUCAGUCCAACCAAAGUCCCAGCCGCUGCCUCCCUGAACAGUGUCAGCUCAGAGGAGAAUAUAGAGUUAUCUGAAGCCAAGAACAGUCCUGCUGUGGGCGGGGAGAGUUCCGAGCUGUCGGAGAGUGAAGGUUCAGACGAGAAGGAGGACGGCACAAACAAAGAUGUCGUCCCCGCCAGCCCGCCUGUCUCCCAAGAGGGAGCAGGCCGAGGCCUCCCGGACGCAGGCGACCUCUCUGACGAGGGAAGAGGGUGGACGGAGGAAGGACAGGAGGAAUCAGCGGACACUGACCAAGGACGUGAUGGAGGCCAGUCUGAGCCUGAACCCUACGAGCUGGCCUCCUUCGGCGGGGCAGCAGACGGGGACAAGGGCUCUGGAGGACUGAGGACGAUGGAAGAGGGAGGAGAAGAACCAGAGUUAGGAUGGCAGGAGGCCAUGUCUGAGGAGGAGGAGGAGGAGGAGUGGGCGGAGCUUCACGGGCAGGCCUCGUUCCCUGGACUGGCUGGGGUGGACGUCUGUGCUGAGGAGCUUGGAGAGGCAGCAAGACAACCUGCAGGAGGCACUGGUGAGCCUGGCUUCAGUCAAGACCUGAAGGAUGAAGAAGAGAUCUUUGCGGCCCAUGACAGCUCAGAACCUCUGAUGGAGGAAGGCCGCGGGCCGUUUUCACCUGGUCAACCUUCCUCCCCUGAAGCCAGCCUACAGGAAGUAAUGCGCCACUCAGAGAAAGUGCUGGAGGAGGAACAAGGAGAAACCCAAACAGACUCACGGGAAACACUUGAAAGUGCGCCCACUGCUGGUGAUAUUCAUCAGCACCCACCUGAAGCUGCAGACAAAGAUGCAAAGAGAUUGGUCCAGAACAGUCCAGAGGAGGGCUCUGAGGUCCGUGACGAGAACCAGACCCUGGAGGAAGGUCUGGGGGAGGUCCAGGCUCCAGAGGAUGUCACAGAGGAGGACACCACUGGACCUCAUCAGCCGGCAGCACCAGACCAGGGUGACGGGCACCUCCAGAGCCAGGAUGAGGCGAUGGAGCCCAGCGCUGAGACAGAGCCUGCAGAGGACCACACUGUUCGGGCUGGGGCUGUAGAGAGGGCCAGUCCUCACAAUGCUGCCCACACAGGCACCGAGAAAGACCUGGGAGAGCGUGACGUGAUGAAGGCGGAUGAGAGCACGCAUCUUCUGUAUAGCAAUGAGACGGCGGGGAAGGAAGAGGGUGGGGGCGACGAUCACAGCGAAGGGAGAUCAGAGAGUACUGGGGAGCUGGAAGCCCCCCACGAGACAGCAGCAGGGACAGAGAGGAGACCGGAGGGAGUCUGGGGAGACGCACCCACGGGUGGGGAGGAUGUGGAGAGGAGGGGGACAGAUGUGUCCGAUCCUUUAGAUGUCUCAGGGAAGGAGGAGGAAACUACUGACGAGGCAGAAGGGGAGGUGGAGGAGGAGAAGGCGGGUGAGGAGGGGGACGAGAAGGAAAUGGGUGCACAGGAAACAACUGGAUUGGACCUGAGCGAGACAGAGGAUGAAGCAGGGGGCUGGCUGCAGACUGCUGCUCUCUUUCCUGUGUCAGGGCUGCACCACACCGUAGCCUACAUAGAGCCUUCAAGGACGCCUCUGAUCAUCACUGUGGUCCUCUGCAGCAGCUCCGGCUGGCUCUCCAGAGCCUGGGUGAUUGAACACAGACCCAAAAUAGUCUGGCGUUCAGAUGACGUACUGAAUGUGCCGGGUACACUCUGA